AUGACGACCCUAUCGCUCAAGAUCGAGUUCAGCGGUGGCCUCGAGCUGCUCUUCGCAAACGAACGCUCACACCGCAUCACGCUCCCUGCUCUCGUCCCCGCCGCGCAGGGGCAAACCGCGGUCGAGGAUAGUGACGCGCCCAAGAAGCCCGUCGACCUCGAAUAUCUCGUGUUCUGGCUGCGGGAUAACCUCUUGAAGGAGCGUGUGGAGCUGUUUAUCGAGAACGGGACAGUACGGCCGGGCAUCCUGGUCUUAGUCAACGACGCAGACUGGGAGUUGGAGGGCGAAGGCGAAUACCAGCUCAAGGACGGCGACGAGAUCGUCUUCAUCUCGACCUUGCACGGCGGCUAG